ACUUUGAAAACACAAACCACGUACGGGAAGUCGGAGGGGAAAAAUCAGCUGGAAUCCGGCGAAGUCAACAAGACUAUUUUCCUUCACUUAGCUAGCUAUCCAUCUGUCAACUUCUGUCUCUCCCUUCGGUGCUUCUCGCUGUCAAAACGCCACACUGGCGAUGUCAGAGUCAUACGAUUUCCUGUUCAAAUUCCUGGUCAUUGGGAAUGCUGGAACAGGCAAAUCCUGCCUGCUGCACCAGUUCAUAGAGAAGAGAUUUAAGGAUGAAUCCAACCAUACAAUCGGGGUGGAGUUUGGCUCUAAGAUCAUCAAUGUGGUCAACAAAAUGGUCAAACUGCAAAUCUGGGACACUGCAGGACAGGAAAGGUUCAGGUCUGUGACCAGGAGUUACUACAGAGGAGCAGCAGGAGCCCUACUGGUCUAUGAUAUCACCAGUCGAGAGACAUACAACGCGCUGACCACGUGGUUGAGUGAUGCCAGGAUGCUGGCCAGUCAGAACAUCGUCAUCAUCCUGUGUGGAAACAAGAAGGACCUGGACGCUGACAGAGAGGUCACGUUCCUGGAGGCUUCACGCUUCGCUCAGGAGAACGAGCUGAUGUUCCUGGAAACCAGCGCUCUGACAGGGGAGAACGUUGAAGAGGCCUUUGUCCAGUGCGCUCGGAAAAUCCUCAACAAGAUAGAGUCAGGGGAGCUGGAUCCAGAGAGGAUGGGUUCAGGUAUCCAGUAUGGUGACGCUGCUCUACGACAGCUUCGCUCUCCUCGUCGUGCUCAGCCACAGGGCACCCAGGAGUGUGGCUGCUAGUGGGCACGCCCAGUAACUUCCACAGACGAGUGUGUUUCAGACAGGUUUGUUAAGACCAGGAGAAGAACAGCCAUGGUGGGGGGGGGCGGUUCAGGUUGCUAUGCUGAUGGCUCCUCUCUGACCUUCGACCUUCGCACGGAACAUUCAGAACCAUUUGAGUCUUCGCCGUCAUGGCUGCACCUGCAGAGAGCCGAAAAGACCUCCCAGUCACGCUCCCUCCCUCACAGAACUCUAAGCAUCUUCAUGGUAACCAGAGACCACACACCCUCCAACAUUCUGCUCCACUAUUGGACCAAAUCCUCCCCAGCCCUCCAAUCAGGAUGUGAUUUGCUGAUAUGUGUACCUUCUCUUUCUCUCCCCUACUUGUCUGCCAUCACACUUGCUUAGCUUAGCACAAUUUUGUUCAUUCACUAAACACUAUUCCCAUUGCCUUCCCUUCCCAUCUUCAGUGUUUAAAACAGAUAAGAUUAAAUGUUUGAAUUAAUUAGCUUUGAAGGUGUUGGUAGGCGGCUUUAUGUUUCUUUUCUCUCCCCUUCCUCCAGUUGUCACGCCCAGCUCAGCUGCCUCCUGACCCCAGGUUGAUUGUUAGUGCAGACACAUGAGCAGUUAAUUUUCUCAUCUAACUCUUGACAAGAAAAUAAAUUUACUAAACUAUUCCUUUAACCGCAUGCAUAUGUAAAACCUUCCUUUUCUAUAGUACAUCUUUCUCCACCCACCUGCUCUGUUUGCCUGCAUUAAACACACCCCUCACUGUCUACUGACCACCCAUGCAUUUUGCACUCCCUGUAUGCUUAUUUCUCUCUCUUCUCACACACCCCAGGCAGUGCAGCUGCUGGAUUAUAUUUCAUUCCUUCUUCCAUCCCUGCUUUUCUUGCGCUGUUUACAUCCUACCUUCCUCUCUGUUGUGUCCACCUGCCUGUUUCUCUGCCUUUCUAAAUCUCUCCCCUCCUACAGCAUCUCACACACUGUACAGUGUUUCUGUAUAUAGAGACUGGCGCAUGUUUUCUCCAACAGAAUAUCAGAGUAUUUCAUUAUGAAGAGAUAUUAUAUGUAUAUUAAAGAAGAAACCAUAUCCAGCAUCCGUUUCAUGUUAAGCUACAGUACAGUGGCAACUUGGAAGCAGUGUGGAUGGGCAGUACUGUUUGUGUUUAUUUGUGAAUGGGAGAAGCUGAUGUGGAUUACAUUAGUGACUAACAUGUUUGUGUGGAAAAUCCUGUUUUAUCAUUGGUUAAGCUCAUAGAUUGAAAAAAAAAACAGCCUGAAUUAUCCUGAGCAUACAUUUGGCUUUCUGCUACUUAAACCAUUUGGAGGAAAAUGUUUCAUCUUUGUAUUUACAUUGGCACACUCAGUUAAAAGACUUUUCUGACUGUGUGACACGCAUCUUUAUCCAAAGGAUCCCGGUCAUGACUCAUGCCUCUAAAUGUCGCCUGUUUACACGCAUACCUCACUAACUGCUGCCAGCUGUGGUUAAUGCUAACUGAAUGCAUUUCAAGUUUUAGCAGUGUAUGAAAAUAUCUCAUGUGUGUUUGAUUUUUGUUUCCUCAGAUAAUCACUGUCUCCCGUUUAAGUUCAGCCACGUAAAUCCCUUGACAAAAAAACACUUGGGAAUUGUUUGAAUGUUUAGAGGUGCAUUUUGCAUUAGUGUAUUUAAGCAUUGCAACAACAUGUCAUUUAUGGUUUUUAAGUUUUGCCUCCUUAAAAGUGAUUUAUUAAACUUUUAAAUCAAUCACA